UCACCCGCCUCCCCCGCCUCUCUCUCUCAUUCCUUCUCUUUUCUCUUCACUCUUCUCUCUUUCUCUUUCUCUUUCUUUCUCUCUUUCUCAUCACCGGCGUCGUUUACAGACCACCAUCCACCUCUGUUAUCACGAAAGGGAUUUUAUACCAGCGAAAAUCGUUUGGUUACUCCUCCAAGUAUUCGAUGAUUUUUCACCGUUUUCUAGGACGCUUCUCAUCUUCCAUCAUCCACAAUCGUUCUGUAGUAUUUUGGCUUCCCCAAUCUAUCAUAUAAGCUCUGUUUCGUUUCCCGGUUGAACAGAGCCGACCGCAGCAAGUCUUAUUGGAAGUUUUACGCUAACGUUCAGGCGAAUCUUACACUGGAAUCACUCCCCUUCUCAUCAACCGCUUGGAUAUAGCCCCGGUCACCACUGUCGUCCGAGAAGUCGAUCUGAAACGAAUAGACCCCUGUUGCAUCGUGCGAAUUCAGGCCGGCAUACAGCCCAGGGCUUUUGUUUGCAGAGUGAAUCUCAUCUUGGUUGUAGGCUCUGUUAAACAUACUUGCACUUUUCUAGUCUCCAGAAAUUGGAGAACCCACAAACAAGAAUGGCUACUACUACAAAAAAUGUUGACCCUGAAGAGCUUAAGGAGUGGACAGUUGUUUUACCUCGUCGUGGGAAACAGAGAAGGGGCAGUCUCCCCAAGAUUAGAGCUUUAGAAGAGCAACAACAGAAACCGUGGGUCCCAACUGAUCUUGAAACUGACCCUGAAAGAGAAUCAAAACUGAUGCAGAAGAUGCAGAUAUGCAUCAAGAAGCUUGAGGACUCAGAAUUCUACUGCACUUUCCUCAAUCAAAUACUCACUCCUGAGAUAUUAACAUAUUUUUCUAGGAUUUUGGGUUCUGAAAUAAAGAUGCAGAUGGUGGUGUAUGGAAUUGGCAGUAUUGAAUCAUAUGAACCCCCUCGAUUGCAGUUGAGCCUUGCAAUAUUAAUAAAGAGAACAUUAAAUUGGAUUGGUGACAUUGAAGUGUUUGAUCCAGUUCUUUCAGCAAUAGAAGUUAGGGUGCUGGAAGCCUUAGGCUGUUGUGUACUAUCAGUAAAUGAGCAAGGUCGGAGAGAGGCAAUAAAGCCAACAAUGUUCUUCAUGCCACACUGUGAGGCAGUGUUAUAUGACAAUCUCUUAAAAGCAAACUGGCGGCCAGAGCUCUUGAACCGAAUGGUAUUGUUUGGGAACAGCUUCGAGAGAUAUGAACACCAUGUAGUGGAGUUCAAGAACUCGGUCGUUGUUGAUUCAGCAAAGCAUGUUUUGAGUAUCCGAAGAUUUACAAAUGAGGUUCCAAUUAAGACAGUUUCAGAUGAUCUUUAUAGGGCUUUUCAUGAUUUGAGCUGGCACUUUUUUAAUCUAGAAGCACAAGUGGAUCUUCAACUCAUUGCAUUAUAGCAUUUUUUUUGUCAAUAACAACACAUUUUAUUACUUUGUAAAAAGGAAAUACUUUACAUAUUUAAAGUGACGUUUCCAGCCCUUUUUCGGAUUUA